AUGGAUGUGUACUCCGAGCAAUAUCUAAGAUCUCCCAAUGAGCGAGAACUGAUUCGAUUACUAGAUGAGAAUAAAUCUCGUGGGUUUCCACGGAUAAUCGGGUCUUUAGAUUGUAUGCACUGGGAAUGGAAAAAUCGUCAUACUGCCUGGCAUGACCACUCUCCUCUUUUUGACAAGUUCAUUCAGUGCCAAACACCAAACAUUCCGUAUAAAGUAAAUGGAAGGAUGUACGACAUUCCCUACUAUUUGACCAAUUGCACCUACCCUUACUAUGCCACAUUGGUCCAAACACUCAAGCACCCGCUAAAUGAGAUGGAGAAACAUUUUGCAAAGAAACAAGAGGCGGCAAGAAAGGAUGUCAAAAGAGCUUUCAGUAUGUUGCAAGCAAAAUGGGCAAUAACUCGGGGACCGAUUCAAUUUUGGGAUGAAGAAACCAUCACAAAUAUUAUGAACUGUUGCAUUAUUCUUCAUAAUAUGAUAAUCGAAGAUGAGCAACGUUUGAAUAUCGACCCAUGGCAGCCUGUUCUCGAUGGAGUACUGUCAGUCGGCCUGCUUAAGCAUGAUGAAGGGCUACUGGGAUGUUUCAUAUCUUCACGCAUGUAG